UGUGGGGAAAGUGCAGUCAGAUUAGCCGGGGCUCCGUUGACAGGACUCCUGUACGGAGCUUGCUCCGGCCCGCCAGGCUGCCACCUAUGCACAAUGGCCGGGACCCGGGCGGAACGGACAGCCUCUCUUGCCUUCCUCCUCCUCCUCCUCCUCACAGCCUUUGCCGCCUGCUUCUCGGCCACCACCAGUGAAGUGAACUUACUGGAUACAUCCACGAUCAUUGGCGACUGGGGAUGGCUCACCUACCCUUCUCAUGGGUGGGACUCCAUCAACGAGAUGGACGAAUUCUUCAACCCCAUCCACACCUACCAAGUCUGCAACGUCAUGUCCCCCAACCAGAACAACUGGCUGCGGACGAGUUGGGUGCAGAGGCAUGGGGCCCACCGAGUCUAUGCCGAGAUCCGCUUCACCCUGCGGGACUGUAAUAGCAUGCCGGGGGUGCUGGGCACCUGCAAGGAAACCUUCAACCUCUAUUACCUCCAGUCGGAUCGGGAUCUGGGCAGCACCCCCCGCGAGAGCCAGUUUGUGAAGAUCGACACCAUCGCGGCCGACGAGAGCUUCACCAACGUGGACCUGGGGGUCCGGCGGCUGAAGCUCAACACGGAGGUACGGGGGGUCGGGCCGCUGAGCAAGCGGGGCUUCUACCUGGCCUUCCAAGACAUCGGGGCCUGCAUCGCCAUCGUCUCCGUCCGCGUCUACUACAAGAAGUGCCCGGCCAUGGUGAGGAACCUGGCCUCCUUCUCGGAGGCUGUCACCGGAGCCGACUCCUCGUCUCUGGUGGAGGUCCGAGGGGAGUGUGUGGGGCACUCGGAGGAAAGAGACACCCCCAAGAUGUACUGCAGCGCCGAGGGGGAGUGGCUGGUGCCCAUUGGGAAGUGCGUGUGCAGCGCCGGCUACGAGGAGCGGAGAGAUUCGUGUCGGGCCUGCCAGCUGGGGUUUUACAAGUCUUCCCCUGGGGACCAGCUGUGUGCCAAAUGCCCAUCCCACAGCUCUUCCGAGACCCAGGCUGCACAGGUGUGUCGCUGUGAGAGCAGCUUUUACCGAGCAGCUCUGGACCCUCCUUCGGCAGCCUGCACACGUCCCCCUUCUGCUCCCAUGAACCUCCUUUCCAGCGUGAACGGCACAUCGGUCACCCUGGAGUGGACCCCGCCCUCAGACAAAGGGGGACGCAGUGACGUCAGCUACAAUGUCCUGUGUCAUCGCUGCAUGUGGGACUCCGGCCAGUGCGAGGCCUGCGGGGCCGGGAUCCGCUUUGUCCCCCAGCAGAUGAAACUGGCCCAGGGGUCCCUUGCCGUCACCAACCUCCUGGCCCACACCAACUACUCGUUCUGGGUGGAGGCCAUUAACGGGGUUUCCGACCUCAGCCGCGAGCCGCCGAGAUUUGCAGCCGUCAACAUCACCACGAACCAGGCAGCCCCAUCCCAAGUGCUGGCCAUCCGCCAGGAGAACGUGGGCCAGAACAGCGUCAUGCUCCUCUGGCAGGAGCCAGACCAACCCAACGGCAUCAUUCUGGAAUACGAGAUCAAGUACUAUGAGAAGGACAAAGAGAUGCAGAGCUACUCCACCCUGAAGUCCAAGGGCAACAGCACCACAGUCUCGGGUCUGAAGCCGGCCACCCGCUAUGUCUUCCAGGUCCGAGCCCGCACCUCGGCUGGCUGUGGCAGAUUCAGCCAGGCGGUGGAAGUGGAGACCACCAAAGCAAUAGCUCCCCCCUAUGACACCACCACGGUCGUGUGGAUCUGCCUCAUGCUAAUUACUGGCCUCAUCGCUCUGCUGCUGUUCCUGGUCUGCAAGAAGAGGCACUGUGGUUACAGCAAAGCCUUCCAGGACUCGGAUGAAGAGAAGAUGCACUAUCAGAACGGACAGGUGAAAUUCCCCGAGUCCAAAUUCUACGUGGAGCCACACACUUACGAAGACCCCUGCCAAGCUGUGCAUGAGUUCACGCGAGAAAUCGAGGCCUCUAGGAUUAAGAUCGAGCGGGUUAUUGGGUCGGGAGAGUCUGGAGAGGUGUGCUACGGCCGCCUGAAACUCCCAGGAAAGAGGGAACUGCCGGUGGCGGUGAAGGCUCUUAAGGUCGGCUACACGGAGAAGCAGAGGCGGGACUUCCUGAGCGAAGCCAGUAUCAUGGCGCAGUUUGAUCAUCCCAACGUCAUCCACCUGGAGGGCGUGGUCACCAAAAGCAAAUUAGUCAUGAUUGUAACCGAGUACAUGGAGAACGGCUCGCUGGAUUCCUUUCUCCGGAAACACGACGGGCAAUUUACGGUCCUUCAGCUGGUCGUCAUGCUGCGGGGCAUUGGCGCCGGCAUGCGUUACCUCUCCGAGCUGGGCUACGUCCACCGCGACCUGGCGGCACGCAACAUCUUGAUCAACGGGAACCUGGUCUGCAAAGUCUCCGACUUUGGCCUCUCGCGAGUCCUGGAGAACAACCCUGAUGCUGCUUAUACCACCACGGGCGGGAAGAUCCCCAUUCGGUGGACGGCGCCCGAAGCCAUCACGUACCGCAAGUUCUCCUCGGCCAGCGACGUGUGGAGCUACGGCAUCGUCAUGUGGGAAGUGCUGGCCUAUGGGGAGAGGCCGUACUGGAACAUGACCAACCGGGAUGUCAUUCAGUCUGUGGAGGAGGGGUACCGUCUGCCUGCCCCCAUGGGCUGCCCCACAGCCCUGCAUCAGCUGAUGUUGGACUGCUGGCAGAAAGACCACAACGAGAGGCCGCGCUUUUCCCAGAUAGUUGCCAUCCUGGACAAGCUGAUUCGCAACCCACAGAACCUGAAGUGCACAGCCACGGUCACCCGAUUCACUCAAACUCUUUCCGAACGGAACUGCAUCGACUUCACCAGCUGCGCCACCGUGGAAGAUUGGCUGGACUCCCUCCGGCUGGGGCGAUACCGAGACAACUUUGCUCUGGCUGGAUACUCGUCCCUUGGGAUGGUGAUGCGGAUGAAUUUUGAUGACGUGCAGAGUUUGGGCAUCAGCCUCACAGGGCACCAGAGGAAAAUCCUGACCAGCAUCCAGAUCAUGAGGUCUCAGCUGCUCAGCACCAUGGGCUCCAGAAGACAUCUGUGAGGACCCUUCCUCCUCCACGCUUCCUCCUCCAGGCUGGAAGCUCCCUCUGUUGGCUUCACCUGGCUAACCGUGCCGAGGACGGAUUCUCCAAGUGUGGACGGGAUGCCCAUUUGUGGCGGCGGCCAGAGGAUUCUCUCGAUUCUCAGUGGGCCUCCUGGAGAUGUGGGGAAGGGGGCUGCAUUGCACAACUUAUCCUUGUGGCCAACUUCAUAGGCAUUGCAGCUUCCCUGGCGCACGCACCAACUUGGACUUUCCUUGCGGUGGGGCCGGAGAACCCAAGGACAGCGCAACGAUGCAUGUUGAUCCGGAUGACGAAACGAGCCGAGGCAAACCACUGGGCUUCUGAGAGCCCGACAAAACUGUGCCCUGCCAUCUGAUUGCAAGAAACUCUGGCAGGUGCCCUGAAGUGCCCCUCCUCAGGGGGAUGUGGCCUUUUCAGGGAACAUCUCCUCGGAACCAGCCCAGGGAGGAAGCCUGCAGAAUCCCUUCCUCUUCCUUGAAACAGAUUCCUUUGGAAGUGGGGGGCGCUGUUGGCAGAAGUGUCACUAAACGGCCACCACACCUUGAAUCCACCAGCAGUUCACGACAACAAGAGGCCUGAAGCCAAGAGUCCACGGGCUCAGGGUUUCGGGCUGAAAACUCAGGUUCCCCACAUUCCAGCUCACACCCCUGUCCCUCUUCCAGGCCUGGGGAGACACUUGGCUCAUUGAUGUGGUCACUGGCAGGGGAGGAGGGUCGGGAGCAGUGUUCCCUCUAACGGGGAUUCCCCGACAUUGUGGACUACAACUCCCAGAAUCCCCAGCUGCAAUGGCUUUUGCUUGGGGA